ACACUAUCAAAAUGGAUCAGCUAAUGAGGCAAAAACUGCCAGCUGACCAAAGGACUGAGAGGCAGGAACUCACCUGCAGUGUCUUAUUUACCAAUCCAAAGUGUAAUUCCGAGGCUUCAAACUCUGGAGAUGAAUUACAUUCGGUGGCACGAAUAGUUUCUAAAACAGAAGAUCUUGAACUUGAUCGAGUUUUUAAGAGGGUAACAAAGGAUGGUUUUGAAGAGACAAGGUCCCUGAACCGCUCUCUCUUCGAAUUUGGUCAUAACUUCGAGGAUGUUGAGGGCUGGAUGAAUAUGGAGCAGCCUCCCAAGAAUCAACUGAUAUCAGUACUUCGUUAUAUGUUUGAGGACCAUCUAAAGACCACCGUGCAAAUUGAUAUUAACAAGAUGUACUUCAAUUGUCAUUUUAUUGUACUCCAGGUCUACUCCCGUUUCUUCAGCGAACUAAAGAAGAUUCCUUUGCUGGUAACUCUACCAGAGAAUCUGGUCACCCAAAAGGCCUUUAUGCUGAUUUAUAAAUGGAUGCUUAGCGAUGACCCCAUCUUGGAUCGCCGUUAUAUUGUGGAAGUAUUUGUGGCUGCCACUUAUUUGAGAAUCGAACAUUUGGAGACUCAUUGCUGGAAAUAUUUCAAUGACCCUCAAUGCUAUGAUGAGGAUACGGCUUGCAUUCUAUAUGUCGAGACCAGAAACCAACCCGCCUUGAAAGUGGUGCGUACUGAAAUGUUGACUAGGAUCCGCAAGUUCUUACUCACAUUUGUGGCCACAAAGGAUUUUCUAGACUUGCCAAUCGCACAUUUGGAAUAUUUGCUUAAGUCCGAUGAAAUCUGUGUAAAUACGGAGAUCGAGAUACUUUUUAUAAUUAUACGAUGGUUGGGUCACGAUUGGAGCAAGAGACGAGCGCAUGCGCAACGUUUAGUGUCCUGUAUUCGCUUUUCCCUGAUGCCAUUGUGGUAUUUACUCUAUUUGAGACGCGAUGAGCAUCACCAGUUGAUAACGGAAAUAGUAUCGUUUCCGGAAGUCGAUAAUCUGAUCAACGAUUCCAUUUCGAAAAUUACCACUCGGAUUUAUGAAGAAAGAAUUGCAGCUUUGGAGGAAGAAAGUGUGUAUGUAACAGACCUAACGAACGAAAACCCACGUUCAUGGAUUUGCGAUAAUUUAUGCAGGUAUUAUCACUGCAUUAGUUGUCCAAAUAAUCGGGAAAUUCGUUUUAAGCAUUUUGAAGAGUACCUUUUAGAAUUACAACAAAGUUCUCUAGAUCACUGGUCCAAAGUGGAGAAGUUUGACCCAAAUAAAAAAACUGAAUGUUGCAGUUUAACGACAAAUAAUAUAAGUUAAUUGCAAAAGUUACAAAAUAAAUCUUCAAAGUAAAAAGUAAAAGUAAAAUUCCGAGGUUUGCGUCUUGGUUAGUAUAACAUUUCAUCCAAGACUCUUUCUGGUUUCUUGUUAUACACAUAUGUACAUACUGUUAUCGUUAUCAAUGCAGGCAAAAAUAAUUUAAGAAAUACAAAAGUACCCU